CGGAGUGGUAACCAGCAUUGUCACAGAUGCAAUAUAGCCCUAUUGCGCCCCAAAGGUCACGGGUGCAAUAUAGCCCUAAAUUGCCUAAAAGGUCGCACUCCCAAGCCUUGCACUUCCAGUUUCGCUGGCAUGAAGCCGUUCAGCUGUAGGGUAUAGUCUGCGGAUCAAGCCAGGCUUUGUACUCACGGGAUAUGGGGGGCGCCGGAGUGGACUGUCCAAUCUGCCUCGAUGAUCCUGGGCUGCAAUGGGGGGGUCUGCGGGGGUGUUUGCACAAGUUCUGUCUCCUCUGUAUCGAGACCUGGGCGGAGAGUAGUACCGCGUGCCCUAUGUGCCGGACACCUUUCGAACAUAUCGAUGUGUAUGGUGGUCGGGUCGACCAGAGAUCGUUGCUGCGUACUAUACAUGUGCAACAGAAGCAGUUCGCCGCCGACCCCGAAGCCGAUGACUUAGCUGAACACGUGCGAAAUGCGGCGUGCGAAGUCUGCCGGUCGAGCGAGAAUGAAGCCGAACUUCUGCUGUGCGAUGGAGUCCUCGCGGACGGUAGCAUGUGCCCCAGGGCUUAUCACAUGCUCUGCGCAGGCCUGGACGAUUUGCCCCCAAUGGAGGAAGAGUGGUUCUGUCCCAAUUGUGUGGCCAGGCUGUCGAGAGGCGGUCCCCGUCCGGCAUAUGAGGACAGCCCCGUCACCACUGAAGGUCCGAAGCAUGAGUUCCGGUCGGCUGUCCGGGAGAGUCGCGAUGAGACUCUGGAUAGGAAUGGAUACGUCAAUGACGGCUGGAUGGUGAGUGACGACGAGGUGGAGUACACCUCCGGCGCCAGCGACACCGAUGACGAUAAAGGCAGCGGCAGUGCGACUGACUCUGAGGUGGAUAGUACCAGUGACAGUGAUGACAGUACGAGUGAGAUUGACGAACCCAGCAAUACAGAUGGAGAUACACCCAGACGGGGCCUGCGCAACGGGCCUAGGGUGACGUCCACUCACUUCAGCAGCCGACCGGAUAGUCCAGGGACCUCAAGUGGGCGUAUUAAGACGGGGAGUGGUAGGGGUAGGGGCGUUGUUGCUUCUGAUUCGGAGGACGAAUCUCUGACUAGCCUCGAGUCCGAGAGGGUGGCUAGGCUUAGUGCGUUGCUGCAAGAGCGUGUGCGCAACCUUCCGCCAGAGCAGCGCAAGUCGCGGCCAAAGCCCAAACCCAAGGCACCCGUGCGUAAAACAAGGCGGAAACGCAAGGCACCAAAGAGGACUACCACGAAGAAGGGCAAAAAGAAAAGGAAGACGACGCCUAAGCCACGUGUGAUUGAAAAGAAGAGCACGCGCAUUGGGUUGGAUCUGCAGUCUUUUGCUCGGAGUGGAUCGAACGCCAACGGAUAUAGCACUACGGCUCGUGCACACCGCAUGGCCAAAUCGUUUGCUAAACACUCGCAGAACGCAGAAAGGGCACUUCAAGAGCGGUGGGAGAGUGCUGCGAAGGCCGAAGAAGCUCUGAAGAAUCGCCCCGUGCAGCCCAAGGGUUUCUUUGCGAGUUUAGGCACGAGUUCGUCUGGUUUGGGGCCCAGUAGUCGUGGUCAAAUGGGGGGGUUGUUUGCGGGGUCUACUGCGCAUGGACCGGAAGGAGACAAACACGGGGGAAUGAGUGCAGGGCAAUCGCCUGGUACGUCCACCAAUCGCACGGCACGGAAUGCCAAAGUGGUUAAGAGCACCAACGCUGUGAACCGGAAACUGGCCGAACUCAGAGAAGAAAGCCGUGGCGAUGGUAGUGCGACCCAGGUAGAGAAAACUGCGGUCAAGGUAGAGGAGUCUGUGGUCAAGAGGGAAAACUGGGAUGGUGUUGGUGUUCGUGCGACUACCAGCAGGACUGUGAAUCCGGGCCGGAAUCCCGCACAACCCAAGAAGGAUAGAUUCGAUAGUUUGGAGAAGUUUGGCUUUGUCACCAGCACCGCGAAGAGCGAGACUCAAGCUGUGCGAACAUCCACGACCGAUAGUAGACGUACCAGUCUUCACACAACUGCACACCCAGCCACGUCGGGUCUUGACUCCACAUCUCGGGCCAGUGCGAAUAAGGAUAGAACUAAAGCCGCUGUUCAACCAUCAUACACGUACGCACCCAGUUGGGUUACGGACACGUCGCGAUACAGCGUUGAAGCAUCCUAUAAAGCAUCUGAUCGGAUACCUGGUAAGACUCUGCGCUACGGCACGGCUGUCAAGAAUAGUGGGCAGGACAAGACCACAACCACUGUGGAUAGUGGUAAGGAAGUGAGUGCUCCGGUUGAGGGUAACAACGCGCAGUUUAGAACCUUUGCAGCGAUGAAUCGAACGGAUAAUGCGCAGCCAGGGCACUCGCUAUCUGACCAGUUGGAGCGUGCAUUGGAGGCACAGAAGCGACCUGCAAAGGCAGCAAGAAUGGAUACCGAAGACGAGCAGCGCCGAAAAAGGAUGGAGGAGUGGAUGAAAACGAAGAUGCGCAUGCACAUGGGGGAGAAGCCUUCCGAGGAGAAGACAGACCACAAUGUCAGGGCACGGAACUAUAAGAGCAGUAUUCUGGAAGGGGUGGACGGACACACGGUACGCUCUGGGAAUCGAUUCUGCACGACAUCUACAAGCCCAACAGCGCCGGGGAGGGCACAGGGAGCGACACAUGGUACAUAUGACAGUCGACGGAAGCCUGUGGGUGUUAAGUCGGAGCCGCGUGCAGAGCCUACUAAGCACCCGCAUAGUGAGAAGCCUGCUGCGACCUUCAGGGAUUACAAUAGAGGACUCGCGGGAGAUAUGGUUGAUGCGGAAAGAAACAUCCCUGACAUGAAGCAGGAGGCAAACGUGGUUGGAUUGGAGCUUGAUGCGGAGCCCAGCACACAUGCACAUGCCUAUCCUAGAAGGAAACCUUGUGACGCAAAGCAACCAACGAUUGAUGGGAAAGUAGAGCCUUUGGCAAAGCGCUGUAGGUACACAUCUCGUGAGCAAUCUGUAUCGCCAGAGGUGUUUCCUGGUGAGGUUUAUAGAAGGAUUCGCAUCAGUACUACAGGGACAAUUCCUGGCAUCAAACAGGAGGCAAGCGUUACGAAAAUGGAGCUCCGAGAGGAACUUGGUACACACGAGCACCGUGAUCAAUCUGCAUCGACACGUGAAAUCAAGAUGGAGAAAGGUGCUGGCAAUAGCCAAGAGAUGUCUGGAAGUGGAAGAAGGGUAACAGAUAUGAAAGCGGCACCACGUACAGCGGGUCGUACACACACGCGUAGUGUAAAAUCUUAUUCGAAGAACACAUGGUGUGAUAAUCUAUUCAGUGACGGUGACUCCGGAUCAGAUGGUAAACUCAAGAGAAGGAACAGAAACUCGGACAGUCGCGAGGCGAAGGGUCGAUUUCGUGUACCCUCAUCGAGUGAAUCGGAGGGCGAGGAUGAUGUUGUUGUCCAGCGAAAAGGGACAAAGCGGAAGCGCUUGCUUUCAGCGAGCGACAGUGAUAGCGCGGAUGAGAAUGGGCUUGCCCAGGUCAAAUGCGCAGGUGUCUCUCAGGCCACGAAUUCCGACAAAUGCCACACGCGCAGAUCAACUGAUAACCUGCACGAUGCUGACGCAUAUGCUCCGGGGAAGAAGGAAAAGACCUCUCUUUUGCCCAAAUCAAACGCUGCACCCUCUAGCAGCAGUAACUCGAAUACCGAGCGGGCCAUCAAGUCGGAGAUUUCCUCGAUGUCGAACACGAGGGUAGUUAUUGACUUGUCAGGAGAUAGUGAUGAAUGCGCACAGCCUUCAUCGAUAUUUAAAAAGAAGGGAGUUACAGGCACAGGUGCUACACUGCACGAUAAGACACGAGAACAGAGGUGGACAUCUCUUGCUCAAGGCUCGGAGGCUAAGCCAACGGCAGCACGCCCAAAAAGAUCUUUGGCGCUUUUUGAUACCUCCAAUGAUUCACGGUCAAGUUCACCAGUAGUCUGUCAGGACUGUGAGAACAAUUGUAGCUCGCGUAGAGGCGUGUCCGUGUGUAAUCAUAAAACUAUUGGCAAAGGUUUAAAUGGUGCAAAUAGAGAGCUAUCAUCGGGUAGAGCAGCUCUGAGGAAAUUGAACAUCAUCAGGGGCGUAAAGGAACAGAUACGAGCCGGUGCGAGUUCUGGAACUGCAAAGGGUAGCGGAUUAGACUGUGCACGUGCACAUGCCUCUAUGCAAACAGACAAUCAGAAAUCAGAUGCGAAUGAUCCGUAUGCGAAUAAGUACUUCGCGCACAACCGCAUGGCGACGCCGCCACCCAAACUUAAUAGGUUUUGCUUUCAGCGAAAAUGAGCAGACUCACAUGCUAAAUUAAAUAAAUCACAGUAUAUUCCACCAG